GUUUCUCACCUUCUGGUUUACACUAGUUCAAUAUCAGAAACAACUCAAAAGUAAAUUAGCAGCACCAGAAGCAGAGACAAAUGGCUUCCUUAGCAGCUUCUACGCCUGCUGCCUCCCUCGGAGUAUCGGAAAUGCUCGGAAACCCUCUCAACUGCGGCGCCACCAGGUCUGCUGCUCCUGUACCAUCAACUCCUGCAACUUUUAAGACUGUUGCUCUUUUCUCAAAGAAGAAACCUGCUACACCUCCCAAAUCAAAGCCAGCCGCAGUUUCACUAAUCGACGAUGAGCUUGCCAAGUGGUAUGGUCCUGACAGAAGGAUUUUCUUGCCGGAAGGGCUCUUGGAUCGGUCUGAGAUCCCAGAAUACUUGACUGGAGAGGUUCCCGGAGAUUAUGGUUAUGAUCCUUUUGGGCUUAGCAAGAAGCCAGAGAACUUCGCCAAAUAUCAGGCAUAUGAGCUGAUUCAUGCUAGAUGGGCUAUGCUUGGAGCUGCUGGGUUCGUGAUUCCAGAAGCCUUCAACAAAUUUGGUGCCAACUGUGGCCCUGAAGCCGUCUGGUUUAAGACAGGAGCUCUGCUUCUUGAUGGAGGCAAGUUGAACUACUUUGGAAACCAAAUUCCAAUCAAUCUGAUUGUUGCUGUUGUUGCUGAAAUUGUUCUUGUUGGUGGUGCUGAAUACUACAGAAUCAUCAAUGGCUUGGAUUUGGAAGACAAGCUUCACCCAGGUGGUCCUUUUGACCCACUGGGGCUAGCAAAGGAUCCAGAUCAGGCAGCACUAUUGAAAGUGAAGGAGAUAAAGAAUGGAAGACUUGCAAUGUUUGCAAUGUUGGGAUUCUUUCUCCAAGCUUAUGUGACAGGAGAAGGACCUGUUGAGAACCUUGCAAAACAUCUCAGCGAUCCAUUUGGAAACAACUUGCUUACUGUUCUUGCUGGUUCUGCUGAGAGAGCUCCUACCCUGUGAAUUAUUUUCAUUUAUUUUUUGAUUUUCUAAAUGCAUGCUUUGUACAUCAUCUUUUGAGGCAAUUAACUCCAAACGCCCCCUUUUUAUAGAGGUCUUCCUUUAAUUAAUCAUUUAUUAAAAUA